AUGAUUUCUUUCCUUUUCUCAUUAUCUUUAUCUAUUGAAGAAAACAUAAUCAGCAGUAAAUCGGUAGCAGUAGAUGUGCCAGCAAGUGAAGAUUAUGUUGCUAUAUUCCCUUUAUCGAAUUGUUUUGUUAUUGUUGAUUCAAUCAAUGGAUUUUCUACAACUGCAUAUGAUUCACAGAAGAACCAGCUUGGAAUCUUCAGCACCACAAACAAAGUAAUGAAUUUUGUUGAGCCAAAUGGAAAAAUCAUUGUCAAAAACACCGGUUCAUCAUCAAAAUUCUAUUUUUCCGUUAUAGUCAUGUCCAAUUUCCCACUUGAUAGCAGAUGUUCUAGCAUUGAAGUCCAUAACGCACCAACAAAUUCCUAUGAAAUUCAAAUUUCAGAGGCAAACACUAAUAAAUGCUUAUGGAUCUCAUCAUCAUCCGAUAUGACCGUUGAUAUUACAUCCAAAAUCAGUGGAAUAACUGAAAUUUAUACACAAUCUUCUUAUUCCGCAAUUAAAUCAAUUUCUAAUGCAGGAACAGCUUCAAUUAAGACACAGAAUCCAUUUAUAGUUAUCAAACCAACAAAUGGUGCUGGUUCUGUCACUGUUUCUACAAAAGGAACUCAAAUUUCCGGAAUUGAAACAUACAACUACUACUUUGUACCAUCAGACAACCAAGGACCAAUUACACCAUCAGAUCCACCAACUCCAAAACCAACUCCUACCCAAGAACCAUCAAAUCCAACACCACAGCCAAUAACUUCAUCAACUAAUCCAUCUUCAACAACAUCUUCUAUUUCUCCGAUCAAACCAACUCCAAGUCCAAACAAACCUUCAGAAUCUUCUUCAAGCGGAGAUUCUGACCAAGGAGAAGGCGAAACACCAGAUAAGAAGCGCGAUGGAGUUAAGGUAGAACUAAUUGUGGCAUUAGUUAUUGUCACAAUCAUUACAAUAGUUCUCGCCAUCGUUAUUAUUUUCGUAUUCAUGAAAUUCAGAACAUUAAUUAGGAUUUUAUAA